GCGCAAGGUCGGCAGCAAUGAUCUGCGGACUCGCCGCUGACGUUUCAUCCAUAUCACAUAGCCGAAGGCAAAAAAAUCGUACUCUAACUCUCGCCAAGCACAUUCACUUUUAGGCGAUAUGACGCCGGAUAGACUCAUCUCUCUGUAUUUCGUUUUGCUUGUUCUACUCAUCGCCCAUGAACUUCGUUCAGAGUGUGGGAAGCUACCUAAAUCAGAAGCAGCAGGACAAAAGAAUGUAGAGGCGAAGAUUAAAAGUGCUGAUUUGAAGGCCAAUAAUGUGACAACGAAUGACUCUGUGCCAAACAUUGACCGUCUGGUCCAACAGUUCAACGCCAAAAUGCAAAAUAUGACUGGAGAAAACGAACCUAAUUGGCGUGCCGGGAAAUCAUCACUGGCCGAAAAAAUGAGGUAUAUGUUAAAGACGAAAAGAAUGACUGAUUCCAGCCUAAUUGUAGGCCCAAACGAAAAUACUAGGACGUUUGAGGCGCACUCUGUCGUUUUGGCAGCAGCAAGUCCCAUAUUUGAGUAUGCCCUGUCAGAGAGCCGGAGCCUGCGGAUUCAAGGAUGGCUGCCCGACGAGUUUGAAAAAUUCCUCAAUUUUGUGUAUUCGGAAAAUCUCUGCUUCGAUGGAUUCGACGAGGCGUGCACUCUGCUGUAUCACGCUGCAAAUUGGAAAAUAGAAGGGGCGAAGGAUGAGGCUCGGAAGUUUAUCUACCUAAACAUGUACCCCGACUACAUUUGGGACGCGUUUUACUGCGCUAAGAAAGCUCAAGAUGAAGUAAUUCAGGAGUUCGCGAGUGAGCUCAUCAGCGAAUUCUCGUCGCAGACCCUAAAAGAUCGUAAGCUCAACGAUCUUUCGAAAACAGACUUGGCGAAUUUGCUGGCUCAAGAUGACCUCAACGUGCAGUCCGAGGUUGAGGUUUUCGAGGCCGUCGCUCGCUGGGGAUUGAUGCAAGUGAUCAACAGCGGCAAAACACCCACGACCCCGGAGCUGAUAAGAGAAAAAAUCGGCCCUGACGUCUUCAGGCAAAUCCGUUUUCUCACCAUGACAGGCACCGAGUUCGCCAGAACGCACACGAGCACACAAUUAUUGAGUUAUGAGGAGGGUCUCGCGGUUUUGCUCAAUAUUAAUAGUCCCGGAUCGAUCCAGUUGCCAAAUACCGUGUGCAACAUCACUAAAAAGAGAGAAUUCAAAAAGGACUUGAGGAAGACGUUUAUUACUUUGGGCUCGAGCAAAUCGAAAUGUGCGGAUGACGGCUCUAAUUAUUCACCUGACACUUUGGACUUGUUCACUGUUUCGAUUAUUCCAAACGCUGACGAGUGGCAACUUGUCGGAAUACAAAUCCCAAAAAGCUUAGAAGCCACGGCGAACUGCACGAUUUCAGAAAGCUUCGACGUCUUGAUUUUGGACCUUGAUAACCGCACUGUGGACAAAUUUUCUUACAAUUACAUUAUUCCCUCUUGCAGCACUCUAAGGGUGAAAUCAGAUUUGCCACCUGGCCGCAUAUUUGCUGUAAAUGAUAGCGAGGUUAUGAAUGUCAAGUUUGAAAGAACGGUAAAAAUUCCAUCAGUCAAAACCGUCAAAGGCCCGGAAAGAUACAGAAUUAAAAUCGUGUUUAAGGAAGCAAGGACGUAUCCUGUUUUUGUUGACGCUGGCACGAAAAUGAAAGCUAAAGACAGUAACGAGAUGAAAUACGAGUUGUACAGCAGUACUUUUGAUUUUGAAGGAGAUAAGACGAGCAAGUACCGUCUGUUGCAAAACCCGCAGUUUGUUUACGCACUCAUUACAAAAAGUUAAAAGUGCUCAUCAUAGCACAAAAUUUGGAUAAAUUAAUUUGUAUUUUGAAUGACAUUAACUUGGACAAUGAUGGCAAGCGCUUUUAAGUGGUAAAUUACUUGCUAAACGUUUUCGACUGGCAAAAGAAAAUGAAUAUUUUUGGAUUUUUACUUACAUGAAAAUACCUUUAUUGAAGAAUGAGACCUUUGAAUUUCCGUUUUAAAUGUUUUAUGACCCAAAUAAUUAAAUGCCUCACAACUAAAUGUGUAUGACAAUAAA